AUGGCAGCUGGCAAUAGGAAGGUUUUGAAAGAUGAACUUGCUGAGUUAUUCAAACCAGUUCAAGUACAAAAAGUACCAUUUGGGGUGGAUCCUAAAACGAUAUUAUGUCAAUUCUUUAAAGUUGGACAGUGUCAAAAGGGAGAUAAAUGCAAAUUCUCUCAUGAUUUAAAUAUUGAAAGGAAGACUGUGAAAAUCGAUUUAUAUACUGAUUCUAGAAGUGAAGAAGAAAAGAAAGUAGAUACCAUGGAUAAAUGGGAUCAAGAGAAACUUGAACAAGUCGUUAAAUCAAAACAAGGCAAUCCUAAGACUACAACCGAUAUUGUAUGUAAAUACUUUUUAGAGGCGAUUGAAAAUCAAAAGUAUGGAUGGUUUUGGGAGUGUCCUAACGAAGGUAAGAAUUGCAAGUAUAGACAUGCACUUCCACCUGGAUUUGUACUGAAAACUAAAUCUCAAAAGAAAGCUGAAGAGGAAGAAUCUGAACAAAUCACAAUCGAAGAAUUUUUAGAAACUGAGCGACAUAAUUUGGGCACUAACCUUACACAUGUUACCCUUGAAACGUUUACCGAAUGGAAAAAGAAUCGUAAGGCGAAAUUGAACGCAGAAGAAGAACUCAAAAGAUCAGCCAAAGAAGCAGCUUUUAAAGCUGGUAAAGCUCAGGGCAUGUCUGGUCGUGAUCUUUUCACAUUCAAUCCUGAUCUCGUUAACCAAUUGGACGAUUAUGAUGAAGAAGAUGAUGUCUUCGAUCUAUCUGGCUAUAAACAAGAUGAUUAUGGGCAAGAGAAUCAAAAUGGUGAUCGAGUUGAUAAUCAGUCAGAUGCAGAAGAUGAAGAAAAUACUUCCGAAACUCCUUACGGAGAAGGAAGUGCCAGCAAUGGCAAAUCAAAAAUUACGAACAAUAAUUCAACAACUUUAAUCACUGAAGAAGGUUUAGAAGUGAAAGAGGAAUUUAAACUUUUCAACAAUUCAGAUUAUAUUUAG